GGCCGGGCGCAGCCAAUUCGGGGCCCUCGUCCAUUUUUCGGCGUGAGUCAGGCACGUCGGUGGGGUGAUGCUGCGGCGCCGGGCAAGGGCCGGGCCAGCCGCGGGGAGCGGCCCGCCCGCUGUGGCCCGGAGUGUCCGCCGUGCCCGCGCUGCCGCUGAGAGCAGCGGCGCUUCCUCCUUCCCGUCCCUCGCCGGGGCCGGCGCCAUGGCCGGGGGCGCCGGGCCUGCCGCUCCCUGACAGCCGCCCGCCCGCCGAGGCUGCUGCGUGCGGGACCGCUCCGGGCAGCGCAGGGGAAGCGAGGAAGUGCCCGUGCCCCGAGCGGAGCUGCCCGCUCUCCCGGAGCCCGGCAGGGAAGGAAGGGCUGCAGCGGGAGAGUCUCGGCGUUUCGCGCUCCGUCAGCCCGGCUGUGUCUCGGCUUCGAUUCCGCCUUGCCCGUGCCUGGGGAAGAGGCACCGUCCCGCCAUGUCUCGCUACAGCCUCCGCAACCUCCUGGACUGGAUGUACGGCGGGGUGGACCCCAGCUUUGCGGGCAACGGAGGGCCGGAAUGCGCCGCCUUCCUCUCCGGCCAGCAGCGCUUGCUGGAGAGUUUGGUGUUCCUCAGCGUGGGCACCGUGGAGAUCCUCGUGUCCCUGUGGAAGCUGAGGCAGCAGCAUGUCCGGGAGCUGGAGAACCUGCUGCAGCAGCCCCAGGCCAAGCGGGAGAGCCUGGGCAAGAACGUGCUGCUGGUGCUGCUGUGCCUCAUCUUCGGGCUGGAGGUGGGGUUCAAGUUUGCCACCAGGACUGUCAUUUACCUCCUGAAUCCCUGCCACGUGGUCACCAUGAUGCAGAUUUUUCUCCUCGCCUGUCCCCCAUGUCGGACUGCAAUGAUUCUCUUCAGGCUGCAGAUGCACAUGCUGAACGGGGCCCUCUUAGCACUGCUGUUUCCUGUCGUUAAUACACGCCUGCUUCCAUUUGAAACAGAGAUUUAUUACAUCCAGCAUGUGAUGCUCUAUGUUGUGCCCAUCUAUCUGCUGCAGAAAGGAGGUAUCUACACCCCUGAGCCACUCUGCAAUUUCUGGUGGGCUCUUCUAUCCACGGGCUUUAUGUUUGUGUAUCAUUUUAGCAUCUUGCAGAUCCUGGGAUUGGUUACAGAAGUGAAUUUGAACAACAUGUUGUGCCCAGCCAUCUCAGAUCCUUUCUACGGGCCCUGGUACCGGAUCUGGGCCUCUGGACAUCAGACUGUCAUGACCAUGACUCAUGGGAAGCUCAUCAUCCUGCUGUUCCACACUGCUGUCCCCACCUUCAGAGGGAUCGUGGACCUGCUGAGGCUCCCAGCUAAGAAAAUAGACUGAAAUUUCUCCCCACAGAGUAGUUCAUACAGGAAGCUGAGAUAUACUGGAAAACAAAGAGGGAGGAUGAGAGGACAGUGGCUUUAUACUUCUUCCCACAGUUUUUUGCCUCAAAAACACCUCUGUAAUGAAGUGAGGUUUUUUUUUUACCUGCUGUUUCUCACUGCCUAUUGCCAAUGGCAAAAUCAGUGGCCUUAUUCUGGGGAAGGUUGGUGUUUUAUACAUUUUGUACAGAUUACAGUAGAAUCUUGCUAAACCACCAUUAAAAUUCGGCCAGGACCUGUCCACAUUCCAGCAAAGAGAGUGGCAGUGCUACCUCGUUUUGACUCAUUUUCCAUUUAAGAACAGCACUGACUCCUAAAGCUUGAAUGUUCCAAAAUGGUCACAGGAAAUGGUGCACACCUAAUCUUCCAGGCAGAAGUGCAAAACAGUGAGGUUUUAAUGUAUUUUCUUUAAGCUGGUUGAGUAUUGGGGAACAAUAACUCAUUAAAAAGCUAAUUAAUCAACUACUUAAUUUCUAAGCUGCAGUGGAUGAGUAUCUAUCUAGUGAAGUCCCAUCAUGAUGCUUUGGAGAUGCUUUUAUUUUGGUGAGGGGAAAAAAAGAAUCAUGAAAUAAUUUCACUGUUCUGUCCUGACUUUGAACAAAAUGGGGGUUUUUUCACUUACCAUAGACUGGAGAAGGAUACAAAGCCCAGUGUAAAAUCAGUUUUUUGUGGGUUUUUUUAUACUUAGUAGCUUUUGAAACAUUCCUGCUCUGUCUGUGCUGAUCCUCACUGAGCAGACUGGUUGUGAAGAAACCCAAUGAAGCUCUGUUCUCUCCUACAGCUCUGCUGUAUCAUGUGUACUGAUUUUAAAAUACAGGCAUAAAAGGAAUGUCAAAUCAGUGCAGGCCUCUGCUGCAAAGAACAUGCUCCAGUUUAGUGGCAUGACCCUCACCGUGUCUUUUGGAGAACAGGAUGUAGGUGGGCAGAAGGAUCAGCUGCCUGUACCUGCUCAAGUUUUGCAGGAGGAGAAACCACUGGGCAGAAAAAAGGGAAAUCCUGACUGUGUUCUGUGCCCACUGUGCAGACUGUAGUGUUUCAGGGCUGCACAGAAGUUUGUGGGAAUUUAUGGAUUCAUUGUGUUGUCAAAGCUGUGACUUGUAAGAUAAACCAAAACCUUCAUACCUCCUCCAGCUGGAUCACCUGAAGGGUUGUGCUGAAGUUAAGGUACAGACAUUUAUACCUCAGGAAGCAGAAGUAAGUUGACUUUUUUUUUUUUUUUCAUAAGCAGAGCCAGUGGGCCCCUUGUCCUGUCCUUCUAAACUUGAUGUGGGCACGUUCUGGAGCUUGCUGAAUCUCUCAUACCAAUUUAAGCUGUGAAAUGUCUCUGAACAAGGCAAAAAAAGCGAGGGAUAACCAACUACUGCACUCAGUAAGGAUUUUAGAGGUGCUGGAGCUGCAGUGAAGGAAACAAACUCCAGCUGGAGUCAGGUGGGAAGGCAGGCAGUGCAACCUUCACCUUUUUAACAUAAACUGUUGCUUCUUUUUGCAGUAUCAGUGAGGCUGGUUGAGUUAGAACAGAAUCAUUUAACUGGGAAAAACCCCAUGAGUUCACCAAGCCAAGCAUUAACCCAGCACUGCCGGGCCCACCACUACCCCUCAUCCCCAGGUGCCACAUCUACACAUCUUUAAAUCCCUCCAGGUGACUCCACCACUGCCCUGGCAGCCUGGUCAAAGCUUGAUAACCCUUCUGGUGAAGAAAUUUAUCCUAAGGUCCCAUUUAAACCUUCCCUGGUGCCACUUGAGGCUGUUCCCUUUUGUCUUUAUUUCCUGGGAGAAGAGGCUGACCCCCACCCUCCUUGCAGCAGUUGCAGAGUGCCAAGGUCCACCCUGAGCCUCCUUUUCCCCAGGCUAAACACCCUCAGCCAUUCUUGGGUGUGUGUCCAGACCCUUUCCCAGCUCUGAGGCUUUGGAUGUGCCCCAGAGCCUCAAUGUCCUUCCUGUAGUGACAGGCCCACAACUUUAAAUUAUUCCCUCCUUCCCCAUGCUCUUCUUUGAAGGCUUUCAGAACUUCAUGUUGGUUUAUGGUGACCCAGCACUCAAAACUGCAUCAGUGUAGCUGAGACAGGCUCCACAGAAGGGGAAGGACAGGUCAGAAUGGGAGCUGAAAAGAAAAAAAACUUUGGAAGCAACUGUGGAACUUCAUAUCCUUCAUUCCUCACCUAUCUCUGGUAUCUGCUGGGAACAUGCAUUAGCCAGAGCUUGCUGUGUGUGCAGGAAAGGGGAAAGCAGAGUACUUCAUCUCUACAGCAGUUAUUGUUGUUUUCCCUGGCAGAGGCUGAUCUUUGUUUUCCCUGAAUGGUUUAUUUUAUAGGCAGUUACACCAUACAGAUUUCUCUGGUUGCUUUAUGCUUAUUCAUGCUGGGAAUGGAAGCACAAAACUCUACUGCUGUUCUUGGGAGGUGAUUGCAUUCUCUCCUGGGGUGUUACACACUCAAUCCAUGCAAUCCAAAAUCACCUGAAGCUGUUGCCCAGUACCUGGUGAUGAGGUUUUACAGUGCUGCACAAUUAAAAUUUGCAGUGCAACGCACAAUUAAAAAGGGUUGUCCUGGGCCUCCUGGUCAGAUGUGCCCAAUGGCACUGGGAAUUUCAGCAGCAGGGCAGAGCUGUGGGGCACAGCCAGACCCAGUUCCCAGCAGCUGAAGCAGAGUUUAAAAUCUCUGUACCCCAGAGUCACUGGAAUGGGUUAAGGGGCCUGAGUAGAGCCUGUUACUAACUAGAGUUACUUUUGUAGGCAUUUCAAAAGGAACGAGUUCAGCAAACUCUUUACUCCAGCUGCCACUGGUUGCAUUCCCCUCCAGGUGUACCCACGAAUGAAGCAUUAUUAACUGUAAUAAACCUCUCUACUGAUGGGUUUGUUUAUGCAGCCCUCCAGAACAGGUAAAGCAGGAA